GCAGUUCAAAUAAAGCCGUAUCAUCGCUCAUCAAUGACCAGAUUAAAAAUCACCGUUUUGGUCAAGUCAAUUAGACCAAGUACCGAAACUAUUACCAUUACUCGAGAAAUAACCAAUACAAUUGGUGGUAAGGUCAAUUUACAACAAAACCAUCGCAUCAAAGUUAUUGUGCCACAACAAUUUAUUGGUGCUGCGGGUCCUCAAGCUAUUGUCAAUGUCCAAUACAUUGCCGCCAUUCAAUGGUUAAUAGCUCAAGGGAUCCAAUUGAUUGCGAAUCACGAUCAUAGUGGAUAUACUUUUAAUAGUCGUAUUGUUUUCAAAUUAAUCAUUGCUUCUGAACCUUCUCCUCCAGCAGGAAU